GAAAUGGUUUGGCCGCAAAACUAAAAAGUUUUGUUGUUAAAAACUGAAAUCUGAAAUGAAAAAAAGAUAUACGGUGUUUUUCGCCUGGCUGUUUUUGUUGUACUCCAAUGGUGUUUUGCACUUUCUUCAAGGUUUCUUGCUAAUCCGUCGUGAAGUUCAUCUGAAGUCUACAGCGUUCGACGGUGUUUCUUGUUGUUUGGAUCCCAAGUACAGGCAAGUAAUAAUUCUACUUAUCGAUGCCCUCCGAUAUGAUUUCCUCGCCUACAAUGAUUCCACAAGUGAUGGAGCCAUCUACCAAAAUAAUCUUCCUGUUGUGCACAAGUUGUUGAAAGAUGACCAUGGUGUUCUAUAUCAGUUUGUCGCAGAUCCUCCAACUUCUACAAUGCAACGUCUGAAGGGUAUAACUACAGGCAGUUUACCAACUUUCAUUGAUGUUGGAAGCAAUUUUGCAAGUGAUGAACUCAUUGAAGACAAUCUUCUGAGCCAAAUAACUUCAUCUGGCUUGAAUGUGACAUUCAUGGGUGAUGACACUUGGAUGGGAUUGUUUCCCAACUCUUUCCAUCGAUCCUAUCCAUUCCCAUCAUUUGAUGUGUGGGACAUUAAUACCGUCGAUCGGGGAGUGGAAGGACAUUUGGUAUCGGAAAUCUUGAAACCAGAUUGGAAUUUGCUGAUCGCUCACUGCUUAGGGGUCGAUCAUACAGGUCAUCGUUACGGGCCCGAACAUCCUGUCAUGCCCCGAAAAUUAAAAGAGAUGAACUCUUUAAUUGAAAAAAUUGUACGCAACAUGAAUUCUCAAACGCUGCUACUAGUCAUGGGUGAUCAUGGGAUGACAAGAACUGGUGAUCAUGGUGGUGACAGCCCAGACGAAAUCAACGCUGGUUUAUUUGCCUACAGUCCUGGAUGGAAUAUAAAAUUCAAUGAUUCGAAGACGCAAGUUGUCAGCCAAGUAGACCUUGUACCAACCUUGUCUAUAUUGCUGGGCAUACCAAUACCUUAUUCAAAUCUAGGUUCAGUGAUACUAGACUUCGUUUUCCCCGAGCAACUUUUGCAAGAAAUCCACACCAGUGAAAAAGAUAAUUUAGCGAUUGCGUUAUCAUACUUCUCCGAUGCCCUGUACAUAAACGCCAAACAAAUUUGGCGUUAUUUGGAAACAUAUAGGCGUGAAUCGCCUUUCCCAGAGGCAGAAUACCAACAACUAAGCAGCAAGUUCACACAUGUCUCCGAUCUCUUCAAAGGACAAAAAAUUGAAGGAUGUUUCCAAAAUUGUUCAUCUGAUUCAAGUUGUUGCCCCAACCAUGAAAAGCUUAAAGAAUUCAUAACGACGGCACAGACUUUCCUCUCAGAAGCUAAAGAAAUCUGUCGUUCAAUGUGGGCUCGUUUCGACGUAAUCUCCAUCAUUGUUGGAUUGGCAAUUUUUACUUCUUCUUUGCUGUUGAAUGCAACUAUGCUCAUCGACUGCGAAUCGACUUCCAUGAAGCCUGUCAGUUACAUUGGCGUUGCCGGGGCGUUCUUUUCCCUUUUACUUCAACGAUUGCACAUCAUGGUGAUUCUUGGCUUGAGCUUAGCACCAGUUUUGAUAUAUUUGACUAUGGCAAUGCGUGUUAUGCGAUUUAAGGGAUUCCACUUGAUUUCCCUAGUUCCAUUUUUCCUUGCUGUUUCUUAUACCUCAAAUAGUUUUGUUGUUGAGGAACCAUACGUAGUUCACUUCCUAGCACAAACACUGAUCUGGCUACCCCUUUUCUUCAAGCGUAAAACGGGCCAGCUUAUAAUCAGAAGUGGAUUGAGCUUGUCUGUACGAUUGGGGUUGGCUUUCUUUCGUUGCCGGGAAGAGCAGUUCCCUGUUUGUGAAGCACACAGCCUCCAUCGUAGUCUUACCAGUCUUUCAGGAUCCAACUGGAUGCUGUAUCAAAGAAUGUCCCUGGCUUUCGUAUCUUGCAUUGUUCUUUAUUUACUUCUUACCCGAUACCUUCAAGUCGAUCAGAAAAUCGGAUAUCUGUUUGCCAUCGUCUGGUGCCAUUGGAUUGUGCAAAGCGCCUGUUUCCUUUUGGGUGGCGACACAGCUGCAUUAACUUUUCUGCCAAAAGUAUUCUAUUCUGUCUUUGUCUUAAAACUAGCCCGUGAUAUCUAUCAGUUUGUAAUCGAUAAUGAGCACGCCAAGGUAUCUAAUUACCGCAGAAAAACAUCGGACAUGGUGAUCCUACUGUCAACCCUUGCCGUUCUUUUAGCUGGCGACGGCCUGGCGCCAGGUAUUAUAUUAACACUUGUCAGUAUCGUGCUGUUUUCGCAACUCUUCGCUGAGGCCAGCAGCAGCGAAGAGAUGUGGCCUCUCUACGGAAUUUUAUCCUUGCAUGGUUUCUUCGCCAGUGGGCACCACACUAGCCUAGCCAGCAUUCCGUGGGAAUCAGCUUUUGUAGGCUUCUCACACGCCAACAGCCAAGGCGGUUUAGCUAACGUGUUGCCAACGUUCUUCGUUAGUUACAGCACAGCCUUCUCAAUGCUUUUGCAUGCCAUGGCUGUACCCAUCGCGGCCCUGUCAACAACUACGGUCCGAAAGAACAAGGAGUCGCGGAUGCGUUUAGCGAAUGGAUGGCUCUACAUCCUCUUCUUUCAUGCUGUGCGCUUGUUUGGUUGCAUGGGCGCUGCGGCCCUGCAUCGCCGACAUCUGAUGGUUUGGAAAAUAUUCGCUCCUCGGCUUCUCUACGAGCUACUUUUCGCCGUUUGCUCUUCGAUAGGAAUCAUAGCAUCUUUAUUCCUUUUUCAGGCAACGAUGUAAAUAUAUUUCAUUCUCGUCUUACCCAA